UAUUAGACCAUUGGCAACACGACGACUAAUCGCACAUGCUAAUUACACAAACCUAUAACAGUCAGCGAAUCUGUUGGCUAAUUGCCCAUUUGAUCUUAACCACCACCCAUUUGCACACUCUACUCUGUUCCCACGUUAAACCGCAAUUAGUUGCAAUAACAAAGGGUCCCAGAGUAUCAGCCCAACAAAACUCUCGUCACCCUCACCCCAGCUGGAGCUGGAUCCAUCCUCCCUCGAUCCCGUCCCAUGGGCGCCUCCACUCCCCGCCACCAUCUCAGCAGCUCGUCCCUCCCGCAACCCCUCCUCACCAAGCGGAUCAUCACCUUCGCGCUCUACGCCCUCAUCCCCCUCGCCCUCCUCCACUACCUCAUCUCCCUCCCUCCUCCUGCCCAUCAGACCACCUCCGCCGCCGCCACCUCCCCAUCGCCGCCGCAGGGGCCCAAAGCCGCCGCGGUUACCGAGAAGGCGGCCGCGGGCGCCAAAAGGACGCGUGCGGCGCCGCGGUGCGACUACUCGGAUGGGGCGUGGGUGCGGAGCGCGGCGGCGCCGCUGUACAACGGGACGAGCUGCGGCGGGACGAUCAAGGCCCGGCAGAACUGCGAGGCGCACGGGCGGCCGGACACGGGGUACCUCCGCUGGCGGUGGCGCCCGCGCGGGUGCGCGCUCCCGCCCUUCGACCCGGCCGAGUUCCUGCGCCUCGUCCGCGGCCGCCACGUCGCCUUCGUGGGCGACUCCCUGGCGCGGAACCAGUGCGAGUCCCUCGUCUGCCUGCUCACCUCCGCGUUCCCGGCCCAGCUGGUGCGCGGCGCCGGCGGCGGCGACGGGGACGGCGACGGCGACGAGCUCCGCAAGUUCCGGCGCUGGGCGUUCCCGUCCCACGACGCCACGGUGUCGGUGUUCUGGUCGCCGUUCCUGGUGAACGGCACGGAGAAGGUCAAGUCGGGAGCGGCGGGGGUGGAGCACAACCGGCUGUACCUGGACCAGCCCGACGAGCGUUGGGCGGCGGAGCUCCCCGGCAUCGACGUGGUGGUGCUCUCCGCGGGGCACUGGUUCCUCCACUCGGCCAUGUUCUACGACCGCGGCGCCGUGGUCGGUUGCCACCACUGCCCGGAGCCCAACCGCACGGAGACGGGCUUCUUCGGCGCGUUCCGCCUCGCCGUCCGCGGCGCGCUCCGCGAGGUCGUCCUCCGCGGCGCCAGGGCCCAGCAGCAGCAGCAACGGGAACGCCGCCGGCCGAAGCUGGCGGUGGUGACGACGUUCUCGCCGGCGCACUUCGAGGGGGAGUGGGACAGCCCGACGGCGUGCGCGCGCACGGAGCCGUACGCGCCGGCGGAGCGGGGGGUGGAGUACAUGGACGGCGAGAUGCUGCGCGCCGAGGUGGAGGAGGCCGCGGCGGCGGGCGCGGACGCCAGGGCGCGCGGGGCAGGCGUGACGGUGGAGGCGGUGCAGGUGACGCGGAUGGCGGCGCUGCGCGCGGACGGGCACCCGGGCGCGUACAUGCACCCGUUCCCGUUCGCCGGCGGCGCGAGAGAGCGCGUGCCCAACGACUGCGUGCACUGGUGCCUGCCCGGGCCCAUCGACGCGUGGAACGAGAUCCUGCUGCAGGUCGUCAAGCGCUGGGCCGACGCCGCCGACGCCGACGUCGACGCCGAGUCCUCGGCGCCGUGAACCCAGUUUUACUUUUACCACGAGGGAUGAUCGAAGGGCCUUUAAACUAGGACGGGGAGUUGGGCUCAAAUUCACAGGAAUCUGUUUUAACUAGGUUUUGGAGCAGUUCUUUCGCCGGAAAUGCCCUCGGUAAAACGAGCUGAUGUUGUUUUUGGGUUGCACUAACAGUGUGAGUGGUUAUGCAGUUCUUUCUGCGCUCGUCGAUCGUUGUAUUGUCUUCUGACGCCCGUUGGUAGUACACUGGUAGGAAUGAUCGAAUCUGAAAUGAGAACUCUUGGAGCA